CUCUCUCCCCUUUUCGACAAUACCACACUCUUUUCCAAAAAGACAACAAAGUCGUUCAAUCCCGUUGGCUAGUCCAAUCCACAUUGACUUCUUCAAGUCGUUCCGCUCAUUACUUGUCCUGUCACAACCAACAACACUCAAACGCAACAAACCCGACAAACGAGAAGACGCAAGGCACAUACCACACUCACACAACCACGACACAAUUCCACGAGCCUCGCCGCACCACCUCCUCCUUCCUCAAUCACAACUCGUCGAUCCUCUACUCUCCGCCCUCCGCAAUUCUUGGCAAUUUCAAACAACCGACAGCAAACCAAACGGCCUCUUCGACGUUGAUCGCGAAAGGCCCGUGAACUCUGUCGUUCUCUUCCAAUCUCUGCGCCGGAAUCGCAGAAGCACUCGCACCCAGCAACCCCCAAUCCCCGCGCAGGCGCCUGCAUAUCGUUUCCCCCGCAGCAUCAACCAUGAAGUCCGCCACUUCCUCCACUCUCGCCGCCUUGGCUCUCGUCGGCAACGUCGCUGCUUUCUGGCGCAUGCCGUGUCGCUCGCACACUGGUAUCGCUCGUAUCGAUCCGCUCGUGGCACCAGGCUCGAUCGCCGACCACGCGCAUAUCGUGUUUGGUGGUGGUAACUUUGGCGACAACGCCACCUACGAAGACCUGACCAAGUGCAAGGAUGAAAAGCACGACUGCACCUCGUGCGGUGUCACUCAGGACAAGUCUGCCUACUGGACUCCUCCUCUCUACUUUCAGUAUGAGAAUGGCAGCACUGAGAUGGUCCCCAAUGUUGGCGGUAUGCUCGCAUACUACCUCUUCUACCUCGACAACCUUCAACCUUUCCCAGAAGGCUUCCAGAUGAUCUCUGGUGACCCAACCAUUCGCAACUUCACCGGUCCAUUCCCCGACGCCGAGUUGAGCUCGUGGCCGACCGACCCGACCGACCAGUUCUUCCUCCACCAACGCGCGAUCGGCUUCAACUGCUUGAACUAUGACAAAGACCCCGAGGCCUCUCUCUACCGUCACACACUCCCCGACAAGGCAUACCUUGACGCCAACUGCAAGGACGGUCUGCGUUUGGAGAUGGCUUUCCCUAGCUGUGGAACCGGCGAGAAGGACUCUGAAAACCACCGCGAUCACGUCGCCUUCCCCAGCUUGGUCAAGGAGGGCAACUGCCCUGAGGGAUAUGAUGUCCACUACCCCUUUCUCUUCUACGAGACCAUCUUCGCCACGCAGCAAUUCGCCGGCAAAAUUGGCCAGUUUGUCCUCUCCACUGGAGACCCUAUCGGUACCAGCUACCACGCCGACUUCAUCAUGGGCUGGGAGUCUGCGGACUACCUCGGCCAGGCGAUUGACACCUGCACCAACAUGAGCGGUAACAUCCAAGACUGCUCGCUCUUCAACAUUCAAUCCGACAACGAUGCCGCGCAGUGUGCGUUCGAGACACCCGCCGAUCUCGAAGGUGAAGACUGCGAGGGAACAAACGAGGGCCUCCCAUACAGGGUCCCAAUCCAAUACGGCCCCGAACCCGCCACCGCCUACCCAGUAUACGGCGUCGACUCGGCAGCCACCUCCAUGCAGCCCACCGCCAAACCCUCGUCCUUCUCCCAACCAGCAGUGAGCUACUCUCCAGCCAACCCAACCAGCACCGCCGCCGCUCAGGGCGGAAUCGUGGUCGCCGCAUACUCCUCCGGCGCCGAGGGUGCUUCAGCUCCAGCCGUCACUUCCGCUCCCGCUCCUGCACCCGCCUCGUCCGACCACCCAGACUGCUACACCACGUACAUCACCAACGGCUACGAAGUCAUCGAGAUGGUCGUCAUCGAGACGGACGUGACCAUCACCGCUUCGGGCCCCGCGCCAGCUGCGCCCACUACCGCUUCGACCACUGCUGCUGCUGCGGAUGCUGCUGCUACGUACAACAAGCACAAGCGUCAUGUGGAGAAGCAUCAGCACGCUGAGCGUCGGAUGUGA